UCGAACGGCAUGGUCGUGUCACAGCAGCAACAGCAGCAACAGCAACAGCAGCUGGAGUAGCAGCAACUGGAGAAGCACUAGUAGUUUCCAAAACUACUACUCUACUGACCAUCCAGCCAGCAGCAACAGAUCACAACACUGCCAACUCUUCUGGUCUUUGGUUAUAUUUUUUUCCCAUUUUUUUUCUGGUUGCUCGAGGGCUUGCCCACAAAAGAAAGCAAAGAAAAACAAGAGUGAGCGUUAAAGUUUGAGUGGAACUGCAUUAAUUGCGGAGUAGCGAACUUGUUAGUGGUAAAAAUAUAAAAACAAAAAAAAAGAAGGAAAGAAUUACGUCUGUCGACCAGUGAGUGAGUGCGAGUUCAGAGUUCACAGAGAUCCGAAAAAAAAAGAAAAAGUUUUUGGCGCACAAAAGUAGGCAAGUGUGGUGGUGCGGUAGCAUGGCUACUUGGGCUUAAGCCUUAAGCCCUUUGCCAAACUGCAAACGCUGAACGCUGAACGCAUUUAAGUGCAGAUUUAUGUUUUGCCCUCUUCCACAGCUGCUGCAACAGCCACCGCCCACCGCCCACCGAGCCAUCGAGCCAUCGAGACACUGCCAAUUAAAGUUGCCUCAGCACACAGCUGCAACACACACACACACACACACACACACACACACACACGCACACACACACAACAUACAGUCACUGCCAAAAGAAGGAAGACUUUAGCCAGCAGCUGAAUUAUACUCACAGUUGCGAAUAAGUUUUUGCGAAGAACCACUGCCACCACAAUAGAGUAGCACCACCACCACCACCCUUACCACCAUCACCACCCGGUAACAAUAACAACAGAAACAACAACAACAACAACAACAGGAGCAACAACAACGUGUUGCUGCCACAAAACGCAGCAGCCGCAACGAGAGCGUCAUCUCUGCCCUUCGCACGCCUCUGCGGGUUCCUCGGGAUGAUGCAGCAGCAGCAGGAUGCUGGGAUGGCCAGGAUCGCAACCAAUUCUGCCCGGGCUUGUCACCGGCAACGAUUCUAUGAACCCAAUGCCGAAGUACGCUGGCUGCACUCCGAGCACUAAACAGGCUAAGUGGAGCCACUAGCAGCACCCCGUAUCCGACCAGCGGAGGCAACAGCGGAGGAACUAUGAUAACGAGGCUCUACAACACCGAAGAGGAUCCCGCCUACUGCUCGUUCAUCUGGGGCUCCAAUCUCACCAGCAGCGCCGAUGUCCUGGCCAAUGCCACGUCCGCCUUUAGCAGCGACAUGCGGGACGACUUCUAUCGGGAUGUGGAGGAUCCGCGGACGGAAUCGCUGAGGGAAUACUGCUACGGCCUGGUGCUGCCCAUCAUCUGCGCCAUGGGCAUCAUAGGCAAUGUACUCAACCUGAUUGUGCUCACCAGGCGCAACAUGCGUGGCACCGCCUACAUUUACAUGAGGGCUUACUCCACCGCCGCCCUGUUGGCCAUUGUAUUCGCCAUCCCCUUCGGCAUCCGCAUGCUGGUGCACAAGGAUCGGGGCCAGUGGGAGGAGUUCGGGCCCGCCUUCUACACCGCCCACUUGGAGCUUUAUUUGGGCAACGGCUGUUUGGGCGUUGGCGUAAUGAUGUUACUAGUACUGACCAUCGAGCGUUACGUUUCCGUGUGCCAUCCCGGAUUCGCUCGACCAGUGAUGGGACCACCAGGAGUCGUGGUAUUCCUCACUUGCUUGGCCACGGUGAUCGUCUACCUACCGAGCAUCUUUCGUGGCGAACUGAUCAAAUGUAUUUUCGGCUCCAGCGAUGUUUUCGUGUACUUGCGGCGCGACAACACGAUCUACCAGCAGACCAUCUUCUAUCGCGUCUACAAGAUAAUGCUGGAGGUGAUCUUCAAGCUGGUGCCCACGCUGGUAAUUGGUGGCCUCAACAUGCGCAUCAUGAUGGUCUAUCGCCGGACCUGCGAGCGUCGCAGGCAGAUGGUCCUCAGUCGUCCACAUGGUCAUGGGCAUGGUCAUGGGCAUGGACAUGGACAUGGGCAUGGUGCCCAAGGGCAUGGCCACGCCCACGGGGGGCAUGGCUACUUGAAGGACGACGAUCCGCGCAAGUUCGCGGAGGAGCGGCGCCUGUUCCUGCUGCUCGGCAGCACAUCCAUUCUGUUCCUCGUCUGCGUCUCGCCGAUGGCCAUCCUGCACAUGACGAUCGCCUCGGAGGUGUACCCGAGCUUCCCCUUCCAGGUGUUCCGGGCCAGUGCCAACCUGCUGGAGCUGAUCAACUACUCGCUGACCUUCUACAUCUACUGCCUGUUCAGCGAGGACUUCCGCAACACCCUGGUGCGGACCAUCAAGUGGCCAUGGCUGAAGGGCAAGUUCUGCCACCAGGGCGAGCACGAGGUGAGUGCCAGUCCACCGGCCACUGCCGGGACCGUAGCCGUAGCUGUAGCCGCAACUGGAACCGCAUCCGGUCACGUUUCUAAUUUACAUCCGGCUAUACCGGCGCUGACUCUCACCCCCGCAGAACCCGAGGACCGGGACCGGCCCAACCGGCUUGCCAAUGGCGUGCUUCACUAAGGUGGAGAAGGGCCGGCACAAGCACAAGCACAAGCACCACAUAACCACCACCUCGGGCCUGGGACGAUCGAGUAGCAUUUAGCCAGCGACUACGUACCUACUCAACCCCGACCUCAACCACCACCGCCACCGCCACCACCACCACCACCUCCACCCAUCCGCUACUCGAGAUCUGACCUUUGAACUCCGCUCUCCGACCUCCGACCUCCGAACUCCGAAACCCAGCCCAGAGUAACCCAUCCAACAUUUCCCCCCAGGUCGCCGAGGUGUGAGGGUCCCAUUCCAUCAACACCAGAUCCCGCUGCAUUCAAAGUGUUCAGAUAACGAUAAGCGUUUUACGAUUUACGAUUUACGAUAAUCGAUAUAAGAUAAGCGAUAAGCGAUACAUGAUAAAUGAUAAACGAUAAAUGAUAACCAGCGCCACGCAUUGCGUAUAUAAGUGUCUGUGUAUGUGUGUGUUCCUUAAGCAUAUAUAUAAAUAUGCGGAAUUUUUUUUUUUGUAGAACUAGGAUUAGGUACAAAUAAAAAUUUAAUCGCAAAUCCAUCAAUUGGCUGACAAAAAAUGAAGAGCGAUAACGAUAGGCAGAAAAACUGAACGUUGAGUGCAGCAUGUCCAUCGGUGGGGAUCCAAAAAGUACAGCUAAUGAGUUAUGUCGCCAAAGGUCAAGAUUGCUUAUCUCACAAACAGAUGCAGAUUUGAUAAUAUCGUAAAUGAAUUGCUUGCCAUAUGAUAACGAAUGAGCUCGUAUACUCUAGUUGUAGAUACAUUUCACAAACAGAAACAGAACAGCAACAGACACAUUUGAAACGUAUAUACAUGUUCCUUCUUUAUUUUACCAAGCUAUAACCGUAUUUAUGUAGCAUUUCUAAGAUAAUUUUUAAACAUAUUGCCUUUGACAGAAGCCAAAUCUAAGGCUAUUAAUUUAUAACUCUAAAUUUUGUUGGCUUAUAUAUAAAAAUAUUGUCAAAACUUUUAACAAAAAAAUUAAGUUUACAUUUAGUUUCUUUUUUGAUUUAAUAAAGUGUGCUCUACAAACUGAAAAAAAUUAAAUAAAUGCUGUAAUAAUAAAAAGUUAAUGGAAAAUGUAUAUACGUUUUAGAAUGAAUUACUUAAAGACAGACAUUAAGAUUGACAUUAAAACUGACAUUUAGAAAGACAGGUGGGACGGAAACACAAUGAGAGAGAUUAUAAUGAUGUUAAACAGACAUACAAUACUUCUAUAUACACUUGCAUAAAUCUAUAUGUGAAUGAUAUUUAUGUAAACGACGUAUUUAUGUAUACACGCGUAACUUUAAGCGAAUAUAUUUAUAUAUGCAUAUAUGUAUCUAUUGAUUAUAGCAUUUAAGUGCGCGCAAGAGGAACCCCGAUUCCAAACCCGGCCCCAGAUCCAGAUUAUGAUCAUGAUCAUGAUCAUGAUCAAGAUCCUGCUGAGCCCUUUCGUCUGACGAAAAUGUAUUGAAACUGUAUUGUUACGUGAAUUGAGAUUGAAUUGUUAAGUUAAUUAAUUGUAGUCGCACUACUUAUAGUUCUACUUUUAAUUCUAGUUAUAAUUCGAGUUCUAAGUUAUCUAGGUAUCUAGAGUAAACGCAGUAAUCGAAGUGACUUGAGAUGCCCCCGCCCUUGGUUGUCAGUCUGAAGGGGAUGUCCUGACCCCGCCCCCUUUCGCCCUCUGGCCACGCCCCCUGGUCCCGCCCCUUGCAGCACGCGUAGCUAACUUAACUAAAUGUGCGUACCUAAUAUCUAAACAAAGCAAAGCAACCGGAACUGUUCAGUGAUGUCUAUUUACCCAGCGUAGUAGGUGCCGCGCAGCCCAAGGCUUGCAUUGCAUUAAGUUUACAAAAAUAUUCAAAUGUAUAUCUAACACAAACGAUAUCCGAUUCGAGGCGGUAUGCGUAACGGCAAAAGAGUAGGUGAAACUUUUCGAAAUUCGAGAGGAGUUUUAAGGCAACCAAAACAAAUAACUUUGGCGACGAAAGUGCGGGACAAACUCUAAGUCAUAUCGAAACGAUGUGUUGUUGUUCAGAUCCUCCUCGAAAUAAAUGCGAUUCUUAAAUUUCUGCAUACAAAUUUCCCAUUAUGUUACCUUCUUAGAAAAAUAUGCCAAAAAAAUUGUUAACAUAUAAUUAAAUAGCACAAUAUAUUAUGGGAAAAUGCGUACCAAUGCCGAGUGAUUCCUAAAGUCUACCCUAUUUUUAAAUGAAGCUAUUUAGUUUAAACACAACGAUAUGAUAUAUGAAAAAGAUUAAGAUUUUCUCAAUAAGCUACUCAAAAGUUCCCUAUUAUGUUACUUCUUAGAAGAAUGUUCUAAAAAUAUUUAAGUUACAGUUAAAUAUUUAAUUCAAUGAAGGGUAAAGGCUUCGGGCUUAGGGAUUUUAAUAAUUUUAAAUCUACUCCGUUGCAGUAUCAAACAAAAAUCUCUUUAAAAGAACUUCUCUUUAUGAAUUUCCUGUUAUUUUACUUUUUAAAAUCGUUUAAUCUAUAAAUUUGUAAAGCGAUUAGUUUUUAAUAGAACAAUUUGCUAAAAAAUGGUCAGGCUACUAUUAAUAACCAGGCAAUGUUACUAAAAAAGUAUGUAAAAUCUUAAACGUAUUUUCUUAUAUAACUAUUGCAUUGAAAUAUCACACAAAAUUCUUGCAAAAAUGUAUUGAAAUUGUUGACUAGAAAAAUUUUACAAAAAUGUUGAAGGAAAAAUUACAAUUAGAAUAUUUAUUUUUCAAACUUAUUCAAAGGAAUUUUUAGGGUUUAAACAAUAUCCGCUACAAAAUUAGCUAGCAUACUCGCCAAGAUGACGAAGAAUAUCCCUGCAUUUAGCAGCCACUCAAAGGUGAAUUAUCGCAUUGAAUGAACUUAGAUCGUUUUGUUUUCGUUUUCCAGAGCUCAGCUCAAAGCCAAGAGAAAAAUUAAUAUUUAGGAACGUAGAUGAACGAAUUGAAGAAAGUGAACAGAAAGUGAACAGUCAGGCAUGUUGAGGCAUUUAGGACACCAGAAACCCGGAAAUCAGAACAGGCAGCUCGAAGGCAAAUCAAGAGUAUCCAGAA